UAUUUGAAUAGGAGAUUUGUGUGUUUGUGCUUUCUUGUUCAAUAAAAUUCUUCACAAAAUGGUUGUUUCUGAUUUGAGAUUUAAUGUGGUUAAGCCGUCAGCCGGAGCCACGGGUACUGGAUCCAACUUAGAUCCUAAGAAAAUGAGGAGAAUAAUUGCAGAAGACCCAGACUGGUCUCUUAACAUUGUCCCACUUUUAAAGGAUCUCGCUCUGAACCACAUAAUCAACAACUUUUCAAACAACCCAAUUCUAAAAGGUCUUCAUCCAAAAGACAAGAUAAAGGUACUGGAUAGAAUCGACACGAAAAUCCCGUUGACGGUAACAUCCCACCUAGUAGAGGAUGAGGGUUACUGGAAGAGAUGCUGCAAAGCUAAAUGGGCAGUCUGUGAUGUCUCUAUUUACGAUGGGAGCUGGAAACAAAUGUUUUUUGAGCGUCAUCUUGAGGAGUUGAUUGAAAACUUUGUUCCCGGGAAGACAGAAGAUGAGGUUGUGGAUGCUGCCAUCCCUUUGUGCUCCAAGUAUGUAAAGCAGCUCAACAUCCGACAGCUCUUGCCUCCUGUAUCAGAUUCGCCAAAGUCGGAUGAAAACAUCAGUGAUCUUGGGAGUGAUGCAGGAUCAGAAGCCCCAUCCAUGGAUCACUUUGAGUUUGGUACACUAUUGGAGAAACUGCCUCACUUGGAAAAGUUUAAGGUUUCAUACGGGGUUCGAGAUUGUGGGAUGAACUUUGAAUGGAGUUUGUUUCACUUCACGCAGCGGGAUUGCCUCCUCCUUGCAAAGAGCAUUAAGUCCUGCAAACACCUGAAGAAGCUGUGCAUUUAUAAAAGUAAAGUGGAUGAUGAAAAAGUCAGAGUCCUCAUCAGUCAUUUGCUUGAUCAUCCCAACCUCACUGAGAUCGACUUCUCCCAUAACUGCAUCGGAGACAGAGGAGCAAGAGCUAUUGGAAAGUUGAUUAACAACCGAUGCCCAAAGCUUCGAAAAGUGGAUGUUUACGACAACAUCAUUCGUUCGGAAGGAGCAAAAGCGAUCGCGUUUGCACUGACGAAGAACUCGACUCUUCAGUCUCUUAAUCUUCGACUAAAUCGACUUGGUGAUGAAGGAGGUCAAGUUUUAUGCAAAGCCCUGCUUAAAAACAACACACUGAAGGAGUUGAAUGUGGCUUCUAACGAACUCACGGAACCUACAGCUGCCAUUCUCUCACAAGUCCUCCAAUCCAACACAUCUCUCACAUCCAUGAAUCUCUCCGGGAAUCGCAUUGGAGUUGACGGAGGAAAGCAACUUCAAGAAGGAAUGGAAUCAAAUAAAACCAUUGUGGAGUUAGACCUGAGACUCACAGAAGCAGGCCAGGAGAGUGAGUACUGUAUUAAUCUUGUCUUGAAAACAAACCAAGACAAUGCAAGAGAAGCAGAAGAAGCUCAGAGUAAAAAAUAAAAGAGAUCUAAAUUGAUUGUGUUUUUCACAUUUUUAUUCUUUGUAAAUUUGUAUGUGCUGUACUUUAAAUUUGCGUAUUAUGUGUCAUAAAAUACAUGAUUCUGGUAAUGCUUUAAUAAACAAUACUUUUUCCAAA